AUGUACCCAAGACAAUACUUGUCGCGUCAGGCGUCGCGACUGGUGGCAACGACGCGCUCAGCUCAGCUUCCCCUCUGGUCACUCGAUCGCGAGAGCUCUCAUGUGCGGCGGAAGGUGCCGCUGCAUACGUCACUUGUGAUGGUGGGUGGGGAAAUGCUGCUGCUCUGGGCCCGGUCUGGUGUGUGGACAAGGGAGGCUGCAGUUGCAGGAUGCAAUGCGAAAGGCAGUGCUAGACAAGGGAAAACAUAUUGCGAGAAGGAAAAGAAGCGCCGCGCCGCUCUCGAACAAGCGUGCAAGGGCAGCAAGGAGACGUGGGAAUGCGUCCCCGCUGCUCUCGAGACGCCGCCGGACAAGCGUCAAGCCACAUCUCUGAGUAGCCAAUCUGCAGGUGACAUCACUUGA